ACUUUAAACCGUAGGAAACAAUCACUUUCUGCCAAGCGGGGGAGGGGGCAUCAAAUUCCAUGGAUUUGCGUUUUCCUUUUCAUGUUUGCUGCUUUUUUUAAUCUGUUUAUUGAUUAUACGUUUGACACGUACGUAAGAUGUUGAAAACGAUUACUUUCUUCCUCGUGAGCAGACACAAUUUAUCAAAUUUACGUACGUAAGAUGUAUAGACCAAGGUGAAGGGGGCACCAACCACAAAAAUAACAGGAAUUGUCUUCUCGGAAUUGAUCACUACCGAUUUGCACAAUGCUUUAAUAGAUCUCCCGUGUGGGCAAAGCAGUUUCGGGGUUACUAGGGAUACGGCCCCGCCAAACAACCGGAGGGGCUUUCAAUGCGAAUAAUAUGACUUCGUCGAUAAUCCCGCCUCGGUAACAAAAGCGUGACCAGAGGGGUGGAAAAAAGAAGGCCCCCAAUCAAGCCGAUUUGAGCUUUCAGUACAAUAGCUUGAGGAAUUGUGAGGUAGUUGGUACUCACUGAGCUGCAUAACACAAAAAACCCAUAAAAUCGAUACAAUACUUUGGGUAACUUUAAUGACGUACAUAUAACAGUCUUGGGUUUAGUAGAAUAGUUCGUCAAUCAUAUACCAGAUGAUCUGCCUUCUGAAAGGUAUAUACAAGGAAAUAGACAGGAAGAAAUAUAUAUAUGAAUUCAGCUUUAUUCUGCUUUUUUUUUCUUCAAGACGACAAGAUUCAGGGUUGCAAAUUUGAGAUGAACACCUUUCUACCAGGACUUUGCUACGAAUAGGUAUAUAGUUGUGAUAUAUCAUCACUGCAGUGAAACCGGUUGACCAUAUAGACAAGGACCUACAUUCAAUGCGGACAUUCUUACUUCAUAAGAGUUCGUUCGGGGAAUCUUCAAGUGAAUUGAGGGGACCAAAAUUAACUCCAAACAGAGUGGAUAUUUUUGUUUUCAUAUAACCACCAAGAGAACAUAAACUGUCACAAUGGGUAUCGUUUCAAUUGCCAAAGGGCUUCUGGCCCGAGUUUUCUUUGCCGUGCAUGGGAUUCUAGCAACGUGGCGGGCUACAAGUGUAUACCAAUCAAAUAUCUACUACGUUCUCCUGGCGCCUCUAAUAGUUUUGCCUGUUGAGAUGGGUAUAACCUUUGGUUGUACUGAAAAUGGAGAAUGGAAAUGGCUCUGUCCUUCAGUUCUCCUGUAUCUACUAUCUGUGGUCCCAAGUCUCUGGCUCCUCCAGUUUGAUCUCUACAACACAAGGAUAGAUUACAGAGAUGAACAGGGAUGGGAGGAAUGUUCGGCGGACACAGUCUACAAUUCAUCAUCACUUGAAGCAGUACAAGGGGUCACCAUCCCCGUGGAAUUUUCAUCGGUUGAAUGGGAGCUCAUCCUUCAACAGACUCUUUUGUGUUUGCUUAUCCUCGGCCGAUGGCUCCUUCCUAAAGGCGACCUUACCCGUGACCAACUUUCCCAGCUUCUCCUAGUCUACAUCGGUAUGGCUGCUGAUAUCUUGGAAUUCAACCUUGAAAGCCUCAAAGACGAGAAGGUAUUCUGCGAUGUCAUCCUUAUCGUCCUCAUCCUCGGCAUCUGGAGCUGGAGCUUGGUGCAGUUCUGUCUCGUGUUGACGUCGGUGGCCGGGAAGCGACGUCGUGUCGUUCUUCAGGAUGGCAGCAAUAGCUGCUCUGCCGAGUGUUGUUCUUGCUGUUUAUGCUGCCGGAAUGAAAUGUGGUCCAUGAUGGUCACCCUGAUCAUGCAAGACGGUCCGUUCCUGGCCAUGCGGCUCUACCUGAUGAUAAAAGUCAAGAUCUUCAGUAUUAUGAUGGUUUUCUUCACAUGUAAAAACAUCCUCGUCAUCCUGCUCCAGUUGUAUCGCAUGAUCAUCCUCUGUGGACAGAAUGAGGUAGAACCAGAAGAAAAUGAGGAAGGUAAACCUGACGAAAACAAGAACAGCGCGGCCCCACCAGAUGCUGUUGUAGUUGUGAGUUCUUGAUAGGCCGAUAAAUCCAAGGUGUCCUUGGGAUUUGACUCACAAACAAUGUAUGAUUCAUGCGAGUUACAAAUUGAUAUGUAAGAACAAUGAUUUGAGAUACAAUUUCGAGGAAACUUAAUUUAUGAUCAGAACGAUCACUCUUAAAUCUCGAAGACUCAACAAGGAGAAGAAGGCCAAGACAUUGAAAGAUUUAAAGCGAUUCAUCAAUAUCAUGUAUUUAUGUAUAAUGUUAUCUUCUCCCUCUGUUUCUUUCUUUCUUUCCAAUUAUUUUCAACGAUAUCUUAUCUAUGAAUUUGAUUUCAUUUUGUUUACACUUGUUUUUAUACUGUAUCAUACAAAUACUCUGCUUCAUCUUAAUUUGAGAAUUUUGGCUAAUAUUUGUAGAAAAACUUUUAUGAAAUAAUAACUUUUGAAAUCAUUUCGAAAAUACAAUACAGUGGUGGAUCGAUGUUACCCCCCCCCCCCCCACCCCCCAGCUUUCCUCGUCCAUUAGAAAGCGAAUACCAUUUCUUCAUCCAGUAGGCGAUGAGCACCAAUUUUGUUCUGUCACCUUGCAUUUUAUGUCUUUUUUAAGACUUGUAAAUCAAAAUAGCGCACUUUUUAUAUAUGUAUAUAUUUUGAUUGAGAUUGUCAUGAAGAGAGUUAUAUGUUAAUGUGCCUUAUAAAUACUUGAAUAUACGUUGAAUCUUGAUGUCACGACAUAUUUAUUCCGUUUUCGCCUUACCAAUCUGUCGUUCUGUUUAAAAAAAAUUGAAGAUAUUGCGUUAUUAUGAAUAGAAAAUAAGUUUCAAAUAUUGAGGUGAAAUAAGAGCAAAGUUUUGUUAUUUUGUUUUCGAUAUUCAUGCCUGUUAAAAUGUGACAGGAACGUAGACAGAUUUCAGCUUGUACAUUUUUUAUGACUCUGCCCAUGAUAGUGUAACAUUUACCCAUCUCAUUUUCGUUCUCGCGUUUUACAAAAGAACAGUUUGGCAGAUCAACUUCAAGUUUGGGUCUCAGUCUCUCAGAUCAAGGGCUGAAAAAACGAUUUUAAAAGUAGGUGUUUGAAAAUGUAAGAAUUUGAAUUAAGAUGGCGAUUUUCAUAUUUUUGUAUAUGUAACUGAAAACUAGUGGAGGCUAAAAUGCCCUGCAGCCCCCUCUCCCGCAGCAUCUGGGUCAUCAUGUAUGUAUAGUACUGUAUAAUGGCGAUCUGAUUACCUUCGAUCUGACAGUCUAAUUACAUUAUGAUCACUUUUGAAAAUUUUAGAAAUUAAGUGAUGACACAUUACCUUAGAUAAACCGAUUGCGGAGGGCGGAGGCAUAAAUUUUGAUUGUUCGCAGUCGAGAAUCCAUCUAGUUAAUUUUGUUUUGUAACCCUAUGUUGGUAUUCUAAUUACUUCAGUGUGUGAUCAACCCCUGAAUAUACUUCAAUGAUAUUAUACACGAGGACAAAAUGUGACAAGGAGAUAUCUAUGUUGGUUUUAUUGUGCCUUUGUUGUCUUGCCUUGCGCUUAUUUUGUUUUGAUAGUCACAUUAGUUGGGAGCUGGCUAUAAAACAUACCCUAUAUCGGAAGCCUUUAUUGAUUUAUAUUUAAAUUAGUUUUAUCUAUGAACAAAAAAUCCUUCAGUAUUGUCACUAACACCGGAUUCGACUUUGUAUUUAUCUUUGAUGGUAUUCUCUUUUUUCACCAAAGUGUUGUGUUAUUUUCACCUUGAAAAUGAAGCUUAUUUAUAAAUUAAAGGACUCAAAAUAUUUGUAUGGAUUAUAA